CCGACGUGAAGUUGGGCGUGAGAAGCGCGGCCGCUCCGGGGCGGGGUGGGCGGGGCCGGGCUCCGGGAGCGCCGCGCCGGCUGGGGGAGAGCAGGGAGGCGUCCGCGCGUCCGCCGAGGGGCCGGCGGGCGCUGUGUAAUGUUCAGGCUCAGAAAUGCCUUAUGUGGAUCGUCAGAAUCGCAUUUGUGGUUUUCUAGACAUUGAGGAAAAUGAAAACAGUGGGAAAUUUCUUCGAAGGUACUUCAUACUGGAUACCAGAGAAGAUAGUUUUGUAUGGUACAUGGAUAAUCCACAGAACUUACCUUCUGGAUCAUCACGUGUGGGAGCCAUAAAACUUACCUACAUUUCAAAGGUUAGCGAUGCAACUAAGCUUAGACCAAAGGCUGAGUUCUGUUUUGUUAUGAAUGCAGGGAUGAGGAAAUAUUUCCUACAGGCUAAUGAUCAGCAGGAUCUAGUAGAAUGGGUAAAUGUGUUGAACAAAGCUAUAAAAAUUACAGUACCAAAGCAGUCAGACUCACAGCCUCAUUCUGAUAACCUAAGUCGCCAGAGUGAAUGUGGGAAGAAGCAAGUGUCUUACAGAACUGACAUUGUUGGGGGCGUGCCCAUCAUUACCCCAACUCAGAAAGAAGAAGUAAAUGAAUGUGGUGAAAGUAUUGACAGAAACAAUUUGAAACGGUCACAAAGCCAUCUUCCCUACUUUACUCCUAAGCCACCUCUGGACAGUGCAGUCAUCAAAGCUGGGUAUUGUGUAAAGCAAGGAGCAGUGAUGAAAAACUGGAAGAGAAGAUAUUUUCAAUUGGAUGAAAACACAAUAGGCUACUUCAAAUCUGAACUGGAAAAAGAACCCCUCCGUGUAAUACCACUUAAAGAGGUUCAUAAAGUCCAGGAGUGUAAGCAGAGUGACAUAAUGAUGAGGGACAAUCUCUUUGAAAUUGUAACAUCGUCUCGAACUUUCUAUGUGCAGGCUGAUAGUCCUGAGGAGAUGCACAGUUGGAUUAAAGCCGUCUCUGGUGCCAUUGUAGCCCAGCGGGGGCCUGGCCGAUCAGCAUCUUCUGAGCAUUCCAGCUGUCCUUCAGAACCCAAGCACGCUUUCCGCUCUGCCAGUGCAACAGCCGCCACCUCACAUUCCACAGCCUCUCGCAGCAACUCUUUGGUCUCAAGCUUUACCAUGGAGAAGCGAGGAUUUUACGAAUCUCUUGCCAAGGUCAAGCCAGGGAACUUCAAGGUCCAGACUGUCUCUCCAAGAGAACCAGCUUCCAAAGUGACUGAACAAGCUUUGCUAAAACCUCAAAGUAAAAAUGGCCCUCAGGAUAGAGACUGUGACCCAGUGGACUUGGAUGACGCGAGCCUUCCCGUCAGUGACGUGUGAGACGGAAGCGCGUGGAGCUUUGCCUGCCUCCUCGGCCCUUCUAGCCAAAGAUGAUAAAGGAUGAAAUGGUUUUUAAUACAUAUAUUAUACUGCCUCUUUGAUGUACUCUUUAUAAGCUGAUAAACCAAGAAUCUAGGGAGUGGCCAAACUAAAUGUAAUUUCUUUAAAAAAAAGGUGAAAAACAAUGAACGAAUGCAAGAAAAAAACCCAAGUGUUUCAGUAUCAACUGUCUGAGGCUUUGUGUGCUCUCUUUUGGGUGAUAAAAAUGUGUGUGGUAUUUUUUCCUAGUGAAUUUGACAAUUGUUUAACAACUUAAAACAUUAAAAAUGCUUAUUAAUUA